AUAUAAAAAACCCUACAAAGGCCCCCUUCUCUCCCCCCUUCGGAGAUUUCUAAGCAAAACCCUAGAAGCCAUAAUUUAUCCAUCUCUCUCUCUCUCUAACUCUCUCCUGAAUUCAGUCUGGUUGUCUUCUCAUUCCCAGAGAUGGCAGCUGAACCAAAUGCUCCAUCAGUUGACCCUCACAUUGUGGGCAAUGCGUUUGUUCAGAAGUACUACAAUCAUUUAUAUGAAUCGCCUGCCGAAGUCCAUAGAUUCUAUCUCGAGGAUAGUGUGCUGGGCCGUCCAGGUCCUGAUGGUGAGAUGGUCUCGGUCAAAUCCUUAAAAGCUAUCAAUGAGCAGUUAAUGUCCUUUGAUUACCAAAACUCAAAGAUUCAGAUUCUGACUGCUGAUUCGCAAGAGUCUUACAAGGAUGGUGUUGUAACUCUGGUCACGGGUUUAAUAACCGGAAAAGAUGGAGAAGGAAUGAGAUUUUCUCAGUCAUUUUUCCUUGUGCCCCAGAAAGGAAGCUACUUUGUACUGAAUGAUGUUUUUAGGUAUGUCUCUGAUGAGUUGUCUGAAUCAGAAGCUAAUAAUGAGGUGAAGGAGAGUCCUCAAGUAAUUCAAUCGACUGCCACUGUUUCAGAAGAGCCGGCAAACGAAGGUGUGGAGAUGGUUAAAGAAGCAGCUGAGCAGGUUAAUGUUCUCACUCAACCUGUAGUGAAACUGAUAACAGAAACUUCAGUGAAAAACCCAGAAAAUAUUAGAGAAAAUGGAGAAGCCAAGGUCUCGGAGAAAAAAGUUGUGAAUGAGAACGGCCACUACCAUAAAGCUUCUGAAGAUAAACCUCAACAAAGUGCUUCCAAGAAAUCCUUUGCAGUAAUUGUUCAAACUCUGGCCCAAAAUGUUGCUCCUUUCCAUGUAAAAGCUUCUCCUGCAAAGCCUAGCCCUGUGGAAAAAUCAAGCUUUGUUCCUGAACCUAAAUCUCCCGUGCCAGUGCCUGAAGAUGCUCCAGCAAAAACCUCUGAACAACCAUCUGAGGGUGGCUCGAUAUUCGUUGCAAACUUGCCCAUGGAUGCGACACCCGAGCAACUUCAUGAAACCUUCAAACAUUUUGGAGCUAUCAAACAAGAUGGUAUCCAAGUCAGGAGUUAUAAGCAAAAAGGAAACUGCUUUGGUUUUGUAGCAUACGAAUCUGCUGAAGCAGUGAGAAGGGUUCUCCAGGCUCAUCACGAAUCCCCAAUCAGAAUCGGCCACCGGAGAGUUUCCAUAGAAGAAAAACGAGGAGCCAGCAAUGAAAACGGUAGACCCUCUGCAAGAAACGGAGGGUAUAGGAACGAGAAUGGAUACAGAAACGAUGGUUAUAGGCCUCGGGGCAACGCGAAUGGAGGGCGAGGCGGAUAUGGGCGAAAUGGGUACGAGAGACGAGGAGAAAUGCGUAAUGGCGACGCUCCUAAUGCCAAAGCUUAUCAGAAUGGUGGCUCAGCUCGAACCAGGGACUAGAAGGUUAUUUCUCUGCAUUUUUUGCUCAUUGAUUCAAGAUUCUGAAGGAUACAGGUAGUGAAGAACAGACGAGUUUACGGAUUUAGAUUGUUAUUUUGGUCAAGUAUCUUGCUUUUUUUCUUCCUCUUGAGAUUUUGUUUUUGGAUGGUUUCGAUUGAGAAUUGAUUCAAUUGCAGUUUCGUGGAUUCUUUUCUCCA